UCGAAGCCUGAGAAAAUGUGGGUGGCCCAGUAGUACUCUUUGCGGCGCGCGGAGAAGGUCCGAUCAAAAUUUGGAUCAUACCGGCAGCUAGCAGGCUUACAGUACGCCGGUAAAUCUAAAGCAUAGGCGGCGCAUAUUCAUUUCACGGUGCACUCAAAACCCGCCCUCUACUUCAUAAUUAUCUGUGUCAAAACUACAAGAACUCCGUUGCAAAUUUCUCAGCUCAUGGUCUCCGCCUAUUUGUAAUUAUGGCGAAUUUCUUGCCUCAGUUCCAGAGCAUAAAAAACACUUUUGAUCACAUCGUCAUUGCGGUUGAAGAUGUGACUGAUUUGUGGCCCCUUGUAAGAAAUGAGUUUGAAGAACGUUUUCCAUUCAAAAGAGCCUUACUAAACAACAAGACACGAAAUCCGGUUAUUGUGGAUGAAUUCCGUGCUGAGUAUGUAUUGACCACAGAUUCAAGACUCCGCAGUCGGUUCCCACAAGAGCAAUCUUUAUUUUGGUUCAGAGAACCAUAUGCUACACUUGUUUUAGUCACUUGUGAGGAUCUGGAUGAAUUUAAGACAAUUCUCAAACCAAGGCUGAAGUUAAUUGUUCAAAAUGAUGAACGGGAAUGGUUUAUUGUGUUUGUGUCUAAAGCACCAGCUCACAAUGACCAAGCCACCAAGAUGGCCAAAAAAGUCUAUGCCAAACUUGAGGUUGAAUUUAGCUCCAAGAAAAGGGAAAGAUGCUGCAAACUGGAUCUGCAUGGAGCAGAUCCAAAUUUUUGGGAGGAUUUGGAAUACAAAGUCAUGGAAUGCAUAAGAAAUACACUUGAUAAGCGCAUUCAGUUUUAUGAGGAGGAAAUCAGAAAGCUCAGUGAACAGCGCUUCAUGCCGGUUUGGAAUUUUUGUAACUUCUUUAUUCUAAAGGAAAGCUUAGCCUUUAUGUUUGAGAUAGCUCAUCUCCAUGAAGAUGCUCUACGUGAAUACGAUGAACUAGAGCUCUGUUACUUGGAAACAGUUAAUAUGAAUGGGAAAAGGAGAGACUUUGGAGGAUUGGAGCGUGGGGAUGAUCAGGCUGCACUUCUCAACCCGUCAAACAAGCCACUGAUGCAGAUUGUGCAAGAUGACUCAUUUAGGGAGUUUGAGUUCAGGCAAUAUCUAUUUUCCUGCCAAGCGAAGCUGUUGUUUAAGCUGAAUCGUCCAUUUGAAGUUGCCUCGAGGGGUUAUUCAUUUAUAAUUAGCUUUUCUAAGGGAUUGGCCCUCCAUGAGAAUAGGUUGCCAUUCUGUAUGCGUGAAGUGUGGGUAAUAACUGGCUGCUUGGAUAUAAUUAAUGCAACCACUUCUCGAUACAAAGAUGGACUUGUAUCACCUGAUACAGAAAGAGAAUUCUACCGUCUAAAAGGGGAUCUCUAUUCCUUAUGCCGUACUAAGUUCAUGCGCCUUGCUUAUUUAAUGGGAUAUAGUUCACACAUUGAAAGAAGUCCUGUCAACAGUGCUUCACUUAGCAUGCUACCCUGGCCUAAACCAGCAGUUUGGCCUUCUCUGCCACCUGAUGCUUCAUCCCAGGUGCUUGUGAAAGAAAAGACAAUUCUUCAAGACUCCUUAAGGCCUAAACAUUUUGGCAUUCAGAAGAAACCACUUCCUCUGGAACCAUCUAUAUUGUUGCGCGAAGCAAAUCGUCGAAGAGCUUCUCUUUCUGCUGGAAAUGUGUUCGAAAUAUUUGAUGGUCAGCCAAACACGACUGAUGGCUCAGGUUCAAUAUCUCCAUCACCCAAAGUAAAUGCAAUAUCCAUAUCUCGAACUAAUUCUUCACCUGGAUUUGAGAGUUCCAUCAGUCGACCUUUGAGGCUUUCAGAAAUAUUUGUUGCUGCUGAGCAUGCUUUACAAAAUACGAUUUCUGAUAACAAACUAUGGAAAUCAUUGUCCUCUCCUGAGGAAUUUGAGCAAAAAUAUUUGGAGCUGUCAAAGGGUGCUGCUGAAAACUAUCAUCGAUCUUGGUGGAAGAGACAUGGAGUUGUUCUUGAUGGUGAAAUUGCAUCUGUCUACCAUAAGCUUGGAAACUUUGAUAUUGCUGCCAAGUUGUACGAGAAGGUCUGCGCUCUUUAUGCCGGUGAAGGAUGGCAGGACCUGUUGGCUGAAGUCCUUCCCAAUUUAGCAGAGUGCCAAAAGAUACUGAACGAUCAAGCUGGUUAUCUCUCCUCCUGUGUGAGACUGCUAUCAUUGGAUAAAGGAUUGUUUUUGACGAAGGAGCGCCAGGCAUUUCAGUCUGAAGUUGUCCGUCUUGGUCAUAGUGAAAUGGAGCACCCUGUACCUCUAGAUGUGUCUUCCCUCAUAACAUUUUCUGGCAAUCCUGGACCUCCUCUUGAGCUAUGUGAUGGGGAUCCUGGUUCCCUCUCCGUAACUCUUUGGAGUGGAUUCCCUGACGAUCUUGCUCUUGAAUCACUGAGUCUCACUCUUACAGCCACUAAUAUCACCGAUGAUGGUGUUAAGGCUAUAAAACGCUCUGGCGCUACAAUUUUAUAUCCUGGAAGGAAUAUCAUCACGGUUUCUUUACCUCCACAGAAACCUGGUUCUUAUGUUUUGAGUGUUCUUACGGGACAAAUUGGUCAACUGAGAUUCAGAUCUCAUAGUUUUUCCAAAGGAGGACCUGCUGAUACUGAUGACUUUAUGAGUUACGAGAAACCAAUAAGGCCCAUCUUGAAGGUGUUAAACCCAAGGUCUCUGGUUGAUCUAGUGGCAGCUGUCUCAUCUGCUUUGCUGAUCAAUGAGCCUCAGUGGGUAGGAAUAGUUGUCAAACCAAUGAGCUACUCCCUUAAAGGUGCUAUACUUCACAUAGACACUGGACCCGGUUUGACUAUUGAACAGUGCCAUGGAAUUGAAAUCGAGAAGCAUACAGAUGGCUCUCAUAAUGAAUCUGAUUUGAGUGACCAGGAAGGUUCGGAAGAUGAUGCUACCCAAGUUACCACAGAAGCAAAGCAGUUGUCUCUUCAAGAUGGAAAAAUUGAGCUGCCUGACUGGGCUAGCAAUAUAGCUUCUGUCUUAUGGAUCCCUGUCCGUGCUGUCAGUGAUUGCCUUGCUAAAGGAACUCAUGCAGGAGAAGGCAUAUCCCAGCGCCAGAGUGUUGUAGAUGGGAUGAGAACGGUAGCUCUAAAACUUGAAUUUGGAGUAUCUCGAAAUCAAAUAUUUGAAAGGACAAUGGCUGUUCAUUUUACAGACCCUUUCUGUGUGAGCAUACGUGUUACAGACAAAUGCAAUGAUGGCACUCUGCUUUUGCAGGUGAUACUGCAAUCACAGGUGCAAGCUUCAUUGACCAUCAAUGAUGCUUCACUUGAUCUACAAGAUGGAUUUUCUCACACUGGAAACAGUGAUGGAAGACCAAUCUCCGGAUUCUUUCCGUUGACACUAUCUCCAAAAUCAAGAGCUUCAAUCUUAUUCAGUAUAUGUUUGAAGGAUUCUCCGGGUAAGGAUGAAGCUAACAUCCAGCGCCCAGAAAGUUUGUUAAACAUUAAGUAUGGCAUUUUGGGGGAUAGAAUGAUCGGAGCUCAUUGUCCUAUGGCUGAUGAACAUAAUAUACCGGAUGACACAAUACCGGAGCUGAUCUUUCAGAGUUCUCUUGUUUUACAGAAACCUGUGCUUGACCCUUGUUUUGCAGUUGGGUUUCUUCCACUUUCUAGUGGUCUACGAGUUGGGCAAUUUGUAACCAUGGAAUGGAGAGUUGAAAGGUUAAAAACAUUGGAUGAAAGCACAGUUUCUGAAGACAAUGAUGAAGUUCUAUAUGAGAUCAAUGCAAACUCUGAUAACUGGAUGAUUGCUGGGAGGAAAAGGGGACACGUCCAGCUUUCCAUACAACAAGGGUCUAGAGUAGUCAUUUCAGUGUUGUGUUUGCCACUAGUUUCUGGAUAUGUUCGCCCUCCUCAACUCGGCUUGCCAAACGUUAAGAAGGAAAAUAUAAGCUGUAACCCUCCAGGCCCCCAUUUGGUCUGUGUGAUGCCUCCAACUUUGAGUUCUUCCUUUUGUGUGCCAAUCUAAGCCAAAUAUAAGCGGUUUUAACAAGUGCUCUUAUAAAAAGGUUUAAUUUAAUCGCAUCAUUCAUUCGUAUUAAUUAGGAGAAAAAAAAGGGCACAAUAACAGGGCAUUCAAUUUUUCUUCCUUCCUACAAGACUUGUACAUUGUGUGUAUUUUUUCUUGGUUAUUGGAGUUGUGCCCUUGCGGGGUUAUUUACAAACUCAGCCCCCUCACAGGCAAUGCUUUCACUCUUGUAUAGCAUGUAUUUGGGGUUGUACACUAUUAUAGGUAGCUACUGUGAAGGGUAUUGCCAAUUUGCCACCUUCUUUUGUAUACAUUAUUAGGGUAGGAUGGUUAACUUUAUGACAAUGUUUAAGCAAUGGUUUUUAGGGC